UGCUGACAUCUCUUUCCGACAGAAGUUUCAACAAGGAGCAUUCAAGUUUGUUUAAUUUUAUAAAUAAUCCGCCAAUAUCCUGUGCAUCUGUAUUUCUUACAAAUAAAUAACACGUCGAAAUGUUGAUGCCCAAGAAGAAUCGUGUAGCCAUUUAUGAGUACCUCUUUAAAGAGGGAGUUAUGGUGGCUAAAAAAGAUUACCAUGCACCUAAGCAUCCUGAACUGGAGACAAUUCCUAAUCUUCAGGUCAUUAAGGCCAUGCAGUCUCUGAAGUCCAGAGGAUACGUCAAGGAACAAUUUGCCUGGCGUCACUUUUACUGGUACUUGACAAAUGAUGGUAUCGAGUACCUUCGUGGAUAUUUGCAUCUACCACCUGAAAUUGUACCUUCCACUCUUAAGAGGCAAGCCAAAACAGAGACUGCAAGAGCCAGAGCACCUGCAGGACCCAGAAGCGAAACCUCCCGACCUGCAGAAGAUCGUGCUGCUUACAGACGUGGACCUGGAGGACCAGCCGGUCCUGGAGACAAAAAAGCUGAUGUCGGCGCUGGAACUGGUGACCUCGAAUUCCGUGGCGGUUUCGGACGUGGAAAGGCUCCUCAAUAAAUAACUUUUAUUACGCUUAAUCGUAAAAAAUAA